CAAGGAUAAAUAAAAAAAGGAAGGCCUCCCGACGAAUGACAGCGCGCAAAACCGAUCACGCGGUUGAACCGAGAGGUGUGCUUUCGGUCGGUUUCAGAGACCGUGUGCGCGCCCUGUACGUGUAUGCGUUGCGGCAGUAUCUCACAACAAAUAUGUCGUGGUGGGGAGUAGAUUUUCCCGUUCGCUGUUUCGCAUAUUUCUUCCCCCGCAUUAUUAUUAUGUAGUUCGGCAUAGGUGAUCCGUUGCACGUUUGUCUCGAUACUUGAGUCGAGAGAAGUACAGGUGCUGUGAAUCCUGUCGAUACUAUCAUUAACCAAGAACGAAAGUUUUCUAUAUAAAAGGCGGUGAGGGUCGGCCUCGCACUCGCUGGAUAAAGCGCGAUGAGAACGAUGCGCGAGUUAGCUCUGUUACUCGGUAAUUAGAACGAUUAUUUAAUCAUGUCCAAUCCGCGAGGAACCAGAGACGACAAUCGUGGGCAGCCAGCGGCGUGAGUCUGGCGAUUAACGGUAGGUGUGGGGCCUGGUGCGAAGCUAGAAUCGAAACGACGAUUCUCUGGUGUGUUGACGUUGAUUCGGUGGUUGCAUUCCCCGGCUACGCCUAGGUGAAAAAUGCGGUUCUGAAUCGCUUGGUGUGCCGAUCCCGUGCAAUUACGAACAGGUUGUUCACGGGUGGCUCGUUCGAUACGCGCAUUACGUUACGAUACGCGGUUCGCGAGAACACUCGUUCACGGGUUGCGUGUUUCUCUCUCUCUUUCUCUCUCUCUAUCUCUAUCUGUGUAUGUGCGGUGUUUGGACGAUCAAGGAUAUAUUCCUUCGGAAGGACAGUCUGACACGGAAGAAACGCCGGAAGGAAGGAAGAGGAGGGUAGCAGGGUAGCAAGAUGGCGGGAUCCUUAACGUGGUCAUGUACUUGUUGCCUGCGGUUCAAGUUCAGCCCCGAGGAGAUCGAGCAGCGUUACAAAAGUCAAGAAAUCGAUCGAAUGCUGGAGAAGGAUCGUCAAACUCUUCGGCGACAGGUUAAGCUGCUGCUCCUCGGGGCAGGCGAGAGCGGAAAGUCGACAUUCCUCAAACAGAUGCGAAUUAUUCACGGAAUUAAAUUCGAGCCUGAAUUAAUUAAAGAAUAUCAACAUGUAAUUUAUCAAAAUAUAAUUAAAGGAAUGAAGGUCUUAGUAGAUGCUCGUGACAAGUUAAAUAUUCCAUGGGAAAACUCUAAAAAUUAUGAUAUUGGUUAUCAGUUAUUGAAAUUUGAAAAUACUAUGGUGUUGGAUGCUAGAUUGUUCCUUCAUUAUGUACCAGCUUUGCAAAGUUUAUGGAAAGAUGCAUCGAUCAGAAAAGCCUUUGAUAGAAGAAGAGAAUUUCAAUUAAGUGAUUCAGUACAAUAUUUCUUGGAUAAUCUUGACAGGAUUGCAAGAGUGGAUUAUGUACCUACACAUCAAGAUAUUUUACACUGCAGAAAAGCAACUAAAGGAAUUUCAGAAUUUGUCAUACAAAUUAAUAAUAUUCCAUUUCUGUUUGUUGAUGUUGGAGGACAACGAUCACAAAGACAAAAAUGGUACCAGUGUUUUGAUUGUGUUACCUCGAUACUUUUUCUUGUUUCAUCAUCCGAAUUUGAUCAAGUGUUGUUAGAAGAUAGAAGAACCAAUCGGUUGGAAGAAUCGAAAAAUAUAUUUGAUACAAUAGUCAACAAUAUGAUAUUUGGUGGAGUGUCUAUCAUUCUAUUUUUAAAUAAAACCGAUUUGUUAGACAAAAAAGUAAGAUCCCCUGAUACGAAUGUUCGUUGGUACUUUCCACAAUUCACAGGAGAUUCACAUUCCAUGAAGGAUGUGCAGAAUUUUAUACUUGAAAUGUUCAUAUCUGUUAAAAGGGAUCCAAGAAAACCUCUUUUUCACCAUUUUACUACUGCUGUGGAUACAGAAAACAUAAAAGUUGUAUUUAAUGCUGUCAAGGACACAAUUUUGCAUAGAAAUCUCGAGUCGUUAAUGCUCCAAUAAUGAUAAAUGUGAAUAAAAAGUGAAAUGACUUUUGAUCCACACAUAUGCAUUCAACAUUUAGUGUUUGAUACAUAGUGAAGUGAAAUUAUAGUCAAAGAAGUAUUAAGAUGUCGAUUAGGAAAGAAUAUUCUGGUAAGACAAUAUAUAUUAUGUAUAUUGUAUUAAUGUAAAUCUCGUAAUUAUUUCCGUUUAUAACGGAAAAGUAAACGUUUUCAUAAUAGUUUUAUACAACAAAGGAAGUAAAAACUGCCUAAUGAAAACAUGUAUUGAAAAUUUUUAAUGCUCUAUAUACUAUAUAUAUAUACAUUGAUAAUAUAUUUCCAUCUUUUUGAUGAAUAUUGAUUACUAAAGGGUUGUAAGAAGACUAUUAUAUACAAUAUAUUGUACAUAGCAUCUUGUAUUCUAUACAUUGUCAAUAACAAUGGUUUUACAUGUUUGUAUAAAAAAGGAUCAGUUAGCUAAUAGUUUAGUUAAGAUCUUUCUAUUUUGUACAGAUAUUUAAUCCAGUGCUUCUCUUUUAUAUUAAAGCAUAUAUAUUGAAAAUACUGGUCACGUAACCAGAACUCACAAACAUAAAAGUAACUUAUUUUAUACUUAAGAUUAAUUACUCUAUCUUUAAAAAUAUAUCUUUGUUAACAUUGAAUAUUAAGUAACAAGAAAACCAAAUACUAGAUUCAUGCCAUAUAAACCAAAUGAAACUAACCAGUUUGUGUUCAAAUUGCCGUGUGCAAAAUUUGUUAAUAUUUUAAUGUAUUUUUUUUCCUGAUUUGAUUUAAAGAUUAUAUAUACAGAAUUCUACUAUUUCGAGGUAGCAACAUAAUUUUUUGUACUUUUAUAUUUUUGAGUUUGUAUUUUCAGGAAUUAAAGUUUUGUUCCAUUGAGAAAUUGUGGAAAUUGAACCGUAAUUUAAGUAAUUAAUGUAAUUCUAAUAGUUCAUUACUUUCUGGUUUAAAAAUUUAAACAAAAGAAUCGCGAUAAUCAAUGUUUUAGUUCUUAUGGAAUAAUUAAGUAACAUUUUGUUUGCUAACUUCUGAUUUUGAUAGCUGAUCCUUAAUUUGACAUUAUUCCUUUAAGAAAAAAAAUAUCGAUCAGUAUUAUUAUUUUUCUUGUAGAAAUCUUGAAAUAAAAUUGGUUUUUCACAUUGAUAGCAAUUUUCCAGAAUUAUGCUUAUUAAUUUAUAAACAUAUGGCUUAUCAUUAUGUAAUUUUUUUUGUAAUACAAGGUUUUGUUCCCACGUACUUUGUAAAUUAUAUGGCAUUGUAUUAUUAAAAUAAUUGCGAAAGAAUAAUUACAUCAAAAGAUUUGAUGAAUGAGGGUGAACUGAAAUUUUCUUAUACGUGUCAUAAGAAUUGAAUGAUUAAAAAUUUUCUAACACUAGGGAACAACUUUCUGAAUUGAAGAAACGAUUGUAAGCAGUACUAGAACCAAGGAUUUUAUGUAAUAAUUAUUAUGAUGAAACCAAAGAGUUUAAAAACUAAUGUCUAUAUAAUUUAUUUCCACUAGUUUAACAUAACAUCUAACUUUAUAACUAUUUUUAAAACUACAUUUAUGCACAUGUAUACAGUUAUUUCAUAUCUUUCUGUCUUGGUCACUUAUUACAUAAAAUCUUUGUUUUGAUUAUCUUUUGUAUUAAAGAGAACUGGAAAACUUAGAAUAUUUAAAAAAUUGCAUUUUGAAUUACUUUUGUUUGGAGCUAAUGGAACUGAAAAAUUAGUAUUUUGUUAUUUUUGUAUAUAAAAAUUUUAGAUAUAGUGUGGCAAUACAAAAUGUUAGAAAAUUGAAUUUUUGUGUGAUUUGUAUCAUGCAAAUUUAUUGUGGAAUUCUGAUGAUUGGUAUAUUUUCGUAGCUGACUUUACAUUCCUAUAAAGUUAAUCAGGUUUUAAUUGAUAUUCUUAGAAUACUUUUAAAUUAUAUUACAUCUUUAUAAUAUAGAAACAUAAUUAUACUGCUUCCAUUGAAGCAUUGUUUUGAUUUGAAUUUGGUAAAUUCAAAAUACGGUUUUAUACAGCUUAUAUGUCUCUCUGUAUACAAAACUUAUUUUCACUGAUACUCAUUGGGAAUAAUAUUUGUAAUUUUUUAUAGAAAUAUUUUGUAGAAUAUACUCUUGGUACUUCAUCGAUUAAAAAUUUACCUGUGAAUUUAUAUAAGUACAAUGCAUAAAAUCAUUACAGAAAAUUGUCAUGAUACUUAAACUUUUCAUAAUACGCACAAUUCAUUUUGCAGUGAUAUAUAUGUAACAUUUACUUGUUUAAUUAUAUAACAAAGAUACUUACGAAAUUAUAAAAGAGAGCAUUAGUUAAUCGAAUUUUAUAUCAAUUUCUUUGCAUUUACAUGUAUUUUACGUUAGUUAUUAUACAAGUUUUCCUUUAAACUGUUACAAGUAGUAAUGAGAAAUAUUAAAAAUAACUAACUUUGUGAUAAAGUGUCGCGGAAAGCGAAAAAACAGUGAUUUUUUAUAUUUCUAGAAAUGCGGAGAUUAUUUUAAUCUGUUCAAUUUGAUCAAAUUUGUGCAUUACAGUCUAAACAAAAAAGUGGAAGUCAGAUGUCUUAUGAUUACUAUAUUGUUAACGAUACAACAAUAUUUUACAUACACGCGUCCACGUUUUAAUUGACUUUAUUAUAAUUUGUAAUUAUAUUUACAUUAGGUACUUUUAAAUGCAUACCUACAUUCUCAAAUCAUGAAAAUGCAUUCGUACACAAUAGAUAAUAAUUACAACGAACGAAAACCGUGAAGUAGCUUUAUAUGUAGUUUAUUAUAUCUGUACGUUUCUAACGGAAUUUAUUAUAAUGACAAUUAUUAUUUUUACAAAUUUAAGUGUCAUCAUAUUUAAAUUGUUUUUAAUGUUAUACACAAAUAAUAAUCUACUGAAAAUCAUAAAAAAUAUUUGUCAUUACAAAAAGAAUUUUCUUUAAUGUAAAAGUAAUCAAUUAAAACAAAUGAAAUUUGUAACUCGUUAAUUGUGAUUUAUCAAGGAACCAUGUGGAUAUACUCGCAAUAGGCUACAACAAUAAUAAAAUAUUUUUCUGUAAGUUUGUAUAAUACUAA